AUGUGUCCAUAUGAGCAUGCACUCUAUGUCAAAGAAGACAAGUAUGGAAAAUUUCUCAUCGUUUCUCUUUACGUUGAUGAUUUACUUUUUACUGGAAAUGAUAAAUUUUUGUGUGAUGAUUUUAAGAAUUCCAUGAAAGAGGAAUUCGAGAUGAGUGAUAUGGGUCUCAUCCAUUACUUUCUCGGAAUUGAAGUUAAUCAAAAUGAAGGAGAAAUUGUCAUUUCACAGCAAAAGUAUGCUCAUGAUUUACUAAAAAAAUUUCGGAUGGAAAAUGCUUCACCUUGCAACACUCCCAUGGAUGCAAAUUUGAAAUUGUGCAAGGAUGAUAUUGGAGAAGCCGUCGAUCCAAGUUUAUAUCGAAGCUUAGUUGGAAGCUUAAUGUAUUUGACAGCAACAAGACCUGAUAUUUUAUUUGCUGUAAGUAUGUUAAGUAGAUUUAUGACAAACCCGAAAAGAAGUCAUUGGGAAGCAGGAAAAAGAGUUCUUCGUUAUAUUCUUGGCACCAUUAAUUUUGGAAUUUAUUACAAGAAAGUUUCAGAAUCAGUGAUGUUUGGUUUUUGUGAUAGUGACUGGGGUGGUAAUGUGGAUGAUCAUAAAAGUACAUCUGGUUAUGUUUUUAGUAUGGGUUCAGGUGUUUUUUCAUGGACUUCAAAGAAACAAUCUGUUGUUGCCCUUUCUACAACCGAAGCAGAAUAUAUCUCGUUAGCUGCAGCUGGAUCAUUAUCAAAGAAUCCAGUUUUCCAUGAAAGAAGCAAGCAUAUUAGAAUCAAAUAUCAUUUUAUCAGAGACUUGGUUAAAGAUGGAGAAGUGAUAGUAAAAUAUUGCAAGACUCAAGAUCAAGUGGCUGAUAUUUUUACAAAGGCGCUCAAGUUUGACUUAUUUGUUGAAUUCAGAGGAAAACUUGGAGUUGCUCAAGUUUAG